UCGGCUCCGGGCGCGGCCGACGCGCGGUCCCUCUUGGCGGGGUAGGCGGCCGGGGCGGAGCGCCACGUUCGUGCUCCGGGCUUUCAGAGCAGCGGAAGCCGAGCCGGAGGAGCGGGAUGGCGGCGGUAGCAGGCGAGACGCGCCGGGUGCUGGUGUACGGCGGCAGGGGCGCGCUGGGCUCCCGAUGCGUGCAGGCGUUCCGCGCCCGCAACUGGUGGGUCGCCAGCAUCGACGUGGUGGAGAAUGAAGAGGCCAGUGCCAGCGUCCUGGUUAAAAUGACAGACUCGUUUACGGAGCAGGCUGACCAGGUGACCGCUGAGGUUGGAAAACUCUUGGGUGCAGAGAAGGUGGACGCGAUCCUUUGUGUGGCUGGAGGAUGGGCUGGGGGCAAUGCCAAGUCCAAGUCUCUCUUUAAAAACUGUGACCUGAUGUGGAAGCAGAGCAUGUGGACGUCGACCAUCUCCAGCCACCUGGCCACCAAGCACCUCAAAGAAGGAGGCCUCCUGACCUUGGCAGGGGCCAAGGCCGCCCUGGAUGGGACUCCGGGGAUGAUUGGCUACGGCAUGGCCAAGGGUGCGGUUCACCAGCUUUGCCAGAGCCUGGCCGGGAAGGACAGUGGCAUGCCGUCCGGGUCUGCUGCUAUCGCCGUGCUCCCGGUUACUCUGGACACACCCAUGAACAGGAAAUCAAUGCCUGAGGCCGACUUCAGCUGCUGGACGCCCUUGGAAUUCCUAGUCGAAACCUUCCAUGACUGGAUCACAGAGAAAAACAGACCAAGCUCAGGAAGCCUAAUCCAGGUGGUAACCACAAAGGGAAGGACGGAGCUUACCCCAGCGUAUUUUUAAGCUACGUUUCAUUGCCUGUGAGGUGCCUGUCAGAAAAGUCAUUAAUCUAUUAGUGUGGCCACAUCCGGCCUUGCAUUUUCUGUAAUCCUGUUGAUGAUACAAGACAGUGAGUCCUAUCUUUCUCUCAUCUAAUGUGCAUUUGUUCUCCUAGGACAGUGUAACAGGUUUAUGUGAAAUAAAAACAUGUGGAGCCCACAGAUAGAUAGCACUGUCAGUCUGUGUUGACCACGGAAUUUAGGAGGUCUCAGGACGGCCCCCUCCGCUUCAGCGUCAUGUUGAAUUGAUUUUGAGGCUCUGUUUCUGUGUCCCUGCCAGUGGCUGUGUCGACCUGACUAGUUCAGAGAUUUGUUGGGUCAGGGACAUUUGGACCCUGAGUCAUUUUUGAAUGUUGUUUAUGUCACAGCCGUAGUUUUUGUAGCCUCAAAUUAAACUGCCAUAAAAACUCCUUCUGUAGUGUAAGCAAAAUCCUGUGGACUCUGUUAAGGUACCUUUUUCCUGUGCAUUUGCCAAGUGCGUAAGAGAACUACAUGUGAUUGGAGUUUAUCUUCUUAAUAAAUGGACUU